GAUUGAUUAAUCAAAAUGUGGUUAUUUUUUCUAAUUUUAACUAUUACUUCGAAGAGUGUAAUCGCAUUUCCACAGAACGAUUUGACCGGUAACGUUGAAAUUCAAACGUUACCUACCACGUUCGAAGUAGAUGGAUUUAUUUUUGAUGGACCAGCAAAUAGACCAUUACGGCAAACUACCACAACUGUAACAACUACUUCUACAGCAUCAACAGUUGAUCCUCAAUUCGAUCAGUGUGUUGCAACGUGUCGGACGACCCCCGAAUAUAAUCCUGUAUGUGGAACAGACCAAGUCGAGUAUAAUAAUCCUGGGCAACUAAGCUGUGCAUCUAUGUGCGGAAAAGAUGUUUCAUUAAGACAUUAUGGACGUUGCACGACUACGAAAAUAAGAGGAAGAUAACAGUUUGAAUGUUUCGCUGGUCAGGAAUAUUAAUAUGCAAAUUAUGAAUGCAUUCUGUUUAAGAAGACUGUUUUAAAGCAUAGUUACAUAAUUGUUUUUUCGUCGUCGUCUUGUUUCAUUUUUAAUACAAAUUUUAAUUGAAAA